AUGGAACUUCAUACUAUCCUUCUCUUGUGCAUCUCCCUUUUUGGCUGGUUCUUCUUUAAAACAUAUCUUCAUUCUAAAUCCAGAAAGCUGCCCCCUGGUCCUACUGGUUUCCCCAUAAUCGGUUCUCUGCUAGAGCUAGGCUCAAAACCUAAUCAUUCACUAGCCAACCUAGCCAAAAUCCAUGGCUCUCUCAUGACUCUAAACCUCGGUUCAGUCAUUACCAUAGUAGCCUCCUCACCUGAAACGGCCAAAGAAAUCCUUCAAAAACACGACAAAACAUUAUCAGCACGCACUGUUCCUGAUGUUAUCACCGCCCAACCAAAUCCAGAAGCCACCUUAGCUUGGGUCACAGGCGACAAGUGGAGAAACAGAAGAAGAAUAUGUAGCACGCAGAUGUUUACUAACCAAAGACUCGAUUCACUCCAAGAAAUACGUCACGAGAAGGUUGCACAACUAGUGAAUCAUAUGAGAAAGCAGUGUCAAAAUGGGGCAGCUGUUGACAUAGGACGUGUUGCUUUUGCGACGACGUUGAAUUUAAUGUCGAGCACCAUUUUCUCGGUUGAUUUGGUGGACCCGGAAUUCGAGACGGCUCAAGAGUUUAAGGAUUUGGUUUGGAGAAUUAUGGAGGAUUCAGUGAAACCUAACUUGUCUGAUUAUUUCCCGAUUAUACG